AUGGCGUCUAGUUCUGAUAGCGACGUCGAGAACGGCGCUGCCAAUCGCAGGCCGUCCGGCGUCUCCUACAAGGACGCGAAGCUUGAUGAAUACACAAGGCUCGUGAAAUUCAUGUCAACCUACCGCGGUGAUUCCAAGGUCGACAAAGACGCGGGAGAAAUUCGCGAGAGUCGUGCAUGGUACGCUCCGUGGAAGAAGAGAAAGUUCCGCUGGAAAUACGUCGGCGCCGGAGAAGAUUACCCAGAAGACUGGCGUUUCACCGACAUCCAGCAAGGCCUCUCGGACUCGGAUGUGGAAGAAAGGCGACGUAAAGUAGGUUUCAAUGAAUUGACAGCCGAGAAAACGAACCAGUUUCGCAAGGUGGUGGGUUAUUUCCAGGGACCAAUUCUCUACGUGAUGGAGAUCGCUGUUCUGCUCGCGGCGGGACUGGAAGACUGGGUGGACUUUGGUGUCAUUAUUGGCAUUCUCUGCCUUAACGCAGCGGUCGGAUGGUAUCAAGAAAAACAAGCCGAAGAUGUAGUGGCCAGUCUCAAAGCCGACAUCGCAAUGCGCAGUACGGCCAUUCGGAACGGACAGGAGGUCGAUGUCCUAGCCCGUGAGCUCGUGCCCGGUGACGUGGUCAUUGUGGAAGAGGCUGCAAGUGUUCCCGCUGAUGCUUCAGUCGUGUGUGAUUACGAAGAGAAGGAUCAGGGCUGGGAGCAGUACAAAAAGCUGCGAGAAGAGGGCAAACUCGGCAAAAAGAGGAAGAAUGAUGACGAGGACGAGAAUGAGGAUGGAGAGGAUGGAGAGGACGGAAAGAACGGAGAGAAUGGAAAGAAUGGUGAGAAUGGUGAUGAUGAUGACGACGAUAAUCCCGACUAUCCCAUCGUUUCCUGUGACCAUUCCGCUAUCACCGGAGAAUCCCUCGCCGUGGACCGUUUCAUGGGUGACCAAGUGUUUUACACGACCGGAUGCAAACGCGGCAAAGCGUAUUGUAUUGUGCAAGCUACCGGCAUCAAGACCUUUGUGGGCCGCACCGCAGCUAUGGUUCAGGGCACCUCGGGCAAAGGUCACUUCCAACUGGUCAUGGACAGCAUCGGUACUUCUUUGCUGGUUAUCGUCAUGGCAUGGAUCCUAGCAAUGUGGAUCGGUGGCUUCUUCCGCAACCUGCCAAUUGCUUCACCUGGAGAACAGACUCUUCUUUUCUACACCCUUGAUCUAUUGAUCAUUGGUGUUCCCGUCGGUUUGCCCGUUGUCACCACGACCACUCUGGCAGUGGGAGCCGCGUAUUUGGCCAAGAAAAAGGCAAUUGUCCAGAAGUUGACCGCUAUCGAGUCUCUCGCUGGCGUGGAUAUCCUCUGUUCGGACAAGACAGGAACUUUAACUGCGAAUCAGCUGAGCAUCCGAGAGCCAUACGUCGCCGAAGGCAUUGAUGUGAACUGGAUGUUUGCAGUUGCAGCGCUUGCCUCGUCCCACAACGUUAAUUCUCUGGAUCCUAUCGACAAAGUGACCAUAUUGUCUGUGAAUCAAUACCCAAAGGCCAAGGAAAUUCUGCAGCAAGGGUGGAAAACGGAGAGCUUUACACCCUUUGACCCCGUUUCCAAGCGAAUCGUGGCCGUCGUCUCACUAAAUGGCGAGAAAUACACCUGCACAAAGGGUGCUCCUAAGGCAGUCCUUCAAUUGACGAACUGUUCCGAAGAGACUGCCAAGUUAUACAGGAAGAAAGCGACAGAUUUUGCUUAUCGUGGGUUCCGCUCGCUUGGCGUCGCCGUUCAAAAAGGCAACGAGGAGUGGACACUGCUUGGUAUGCUGCCGAUGUUUGAUCCUCCGCGUGAAGACACUGCUUCAACCAUUGCGGAAGCCCAGAACCUAGGCAUAAAGGUCAAAAUGCUUACAGGUGACGCAAUCGCUAUUGCGAAAGAGACCUGCAAAAUGCUUGCUUUGGGUACCAAGGUCUACAACUCGGAGAAACUCAUCGGCGGUGGCCUAAACGGUGCCAUGGCCGGUGAGCUAGUCGAGAAGGCCGACGGUUUUGCAGAAGUCUUUCCCGAACACAAGUACCAAGUGGUGGAGAUGUUGCAAGACCGUGGCCACCUUACUGCUAUGACUGGCGAUGGCGUUAACGAUGCACCCUCCCUAAAGAAAGCAGACUGCGGUAUCGCCGUGGAGGGUGCUUCGGAGGCUGCGCAGUCUGCUGCGGAUAUUGUUUUCCUGGAGCCGGGUUUAUCGACGAUUAUUGAUUCGAUCAAGGUAGCGCGCCAAAUUUUCCAGCGCAUGAAAGCAUACAUUCAAUACCGUAUUGCUCUCUGUCUCCAUUUGGAAAUCUAUCUGGUCACUACGAUGAUCAUCAUUAAUGAAAGUAUCCGUACUGAUUUAGUGGUGUUCCUCGCGCUUUUUGCCGACCUUGCAACUGUCGCGGUUGCCUACGAUCACGCCAGUUACGAGCGCAGGCCUGUGCAGUGGCAAUUGCCAAAGAUAUGGAUUAUUUCGAUCAUCCUCGGCAUUCUCCUAGCUCUAGCUACUUGGGUCAUUCGCGGAACUAUGUUCCUACCAAAUGGUGGGUUCAUCCAGAAUUGGGGCUCGAUUCAGGAGAUCAUCUUCCUAGAAGUUGCUUUGACAGAAAAUUGGUUGAUCUUCGUCACUCGAGGAGGCGAGACUUGGCCAUCGCUUCCUCUGAUCAUUGCAAUUGGUGGUGUAGAUGCAUUAGCCACUUGCUUCUGCUUAUUCGGUUGGUUCGCAAACCGGGACAUGAUCACCGAUCCCUACGAUCAGUACAUUCCCAAGGAGACGGCUAAUGGUUGGACCAACAUUGUUGAUGUCGUUCGCCUCUGGGGAUAUUGUAUUGGCGUGGAAGUUGUGAUCGCGCUGGUUUACUUUGCUCUUUGCAAAUGGAAGUGGCUCGAUACCUUGGGUCGCACCAAACAGAGCAAGGGUGAUGUGGCCAUUGGCAAUGUGCUUAGUCAUCUGUCUACGUUGGCACUCGAAUUCGAGAAGGAUUCGGAGAGCCACGGACGUAUGUGGCUUGGGCAAGGAAAGGAAGAGGAGGAACUUGAUUGA